UUUGUUGAGAACCUGCCUUGUUCAAGACAGUAGCUCCAUUUAAUGGUCUACUGUAAGCAUAAGUAGCACACUGCGAAAGUUGCCAUAUGAUGUGAAAAUAUAAAUGAAUGCUCAUUUGGGCCUGUUAAUAAUCUCAAUAGGCUAAUUUAGACUUUCUAGGUUGCAUUACCUUCAUUAUAAGACACAAAUAUGUUUUGUGACUACAGACAGAUUUUUAUGGUGAGGGAAUGGGGGCAAAAUAGCUCCUCUGAUAGUAAAGGUUGCUGACCCCUGACCUAGACUUUAAAUGUCUGCACGUAAGAUUCUCAAAAUCAUGCAUGGAAAAUGGAAGUAGCAAAUAAAUAUACUGGCUGCUGUAAACUUCCAUUGUAAAAAAUAAUAAGAAACUAAAAUAAAAACUCAUCCUAGUGCCAAGCUAUAUCUAUUUACCAUUUAGAGCUCACAGAGCAGCACUGAGAGGAGGAGCAACACUGAAAGAGAAGAAGCCUCAAUGUCACAUGUCCUCAAAUGACCGUGAAAAUUUGAGUGACAGCACAGCUGCAGUCAAGAAGAGUCUCUGUGUUUUUCUCUGCAGGAAAGUGUCUCAACAAGACAGCAGAAUCUCUGACAAACAUUGAGUGUAAACAUGUUUGCUGCCAACUGUCUGCUGACUGAAAAUCAGUUUCUGUGCUCCAUCUGUCUGGAUGUGUUCACUGAUCCAGUCAGCACACCAUGUGGACACAACUUCUGUAAAACCUGCAUCACUAAACACUGGAGUGACAACGUCCCGUGUCAGUGUCCAAACUGUAAAGAGGUUUUCUACACAAGAACGAAGUUGCAGGUCAACACGUUCAUCUCUGAGAUAGCUGCUCAGUUCAGACAGUCAGCUCAACAGAAAGCCAGCAGCAGCAGCUCAGAGCAACAAGUUUCCAAACCAGGACAAGUUCCCUGUGACGUCUGCACUGGAACCAAACUGAAGGCCCUGAAGUCCUGCCUGGUGUGUCUGGUCUCCUACUGUGAGACUCACCUGGAGCCUCAUCUGACAGCUAAACAGCUGAAAAGACAUCAGCUGAUCGACCCUGUGGAGAACCUGGAAGACAGGAUGUGUACGAAGCACGAUAAACUGCUGGAGCUGUUCUGUAAGACCGACCAGAUGUGUGUCUGCAUGCUCUGCACCUAUUCAGACCACCAGGGACAUUCUGUUGUUCCUCUGAAAGACGAAUAUGACGGAAAGAAGGCCGAGCUGGGGAAGAGAGACGCUGAAAUUCAGCAGAUGAUCCAGAAGAGACGACUGAAGAUUGAGGAGAUGAAGCGCUCAGUGCAGCUCAGUAAGAAAGAUGCAGACAGAGAGAUAGCAGCUGGUGUUCAGGUCUUCAGAGCUCUGAAGGAGUCUGUUGAGAGAAGCCAGGCCGAGCUCAUGGACACCAUCAAAGAGAAGCAGAGAGAGACAGAGAAACAGGCUGAAGGCUCCAUCAAAGAGCUGGAACAGGAAAUCUCUGAGCUGGAGAAGAGAAGCUCUGAGAUGAAGAUGCUCUCAAGCUCUAAAGAGAACCUGUUCGAAUUCUUCCAAAGCUUCCCCUCACUGAACACUGCUCCACCCACCAAGGACUGGACAGGAGUCAGCAUCCGUCCACCUUCAUAUGAGGGGACUGUGGUGAGAGCUGUGAAUCAGCUGGAGGAGACGCUCAGUAAACAGAUGAAGAAGCUGCUUGAGGUCAAGCUGAAGAGGGUCCAGCAGUAUGCAGUGGAUGUGACACUUGAUCCUGAUACAGCACAUCCCAAACUCAUCCUGUCUGAUGAUGGAAAACAAGUUCAUGAUAAUGAUGUAAAGAAGAAUCUCCCAGACAACCCAGAGAGAUUUGAUACUUCUCGCUGUGUAUUAGCAAAACAGAGUUUCUCUUCAGGAAGGUUUUAUUAUGAGGUUCAAGUUAAAGAGAAGACUAACUGGGAUUUAGGAGUGGCCAGAGAGUCGAUCAACAGGAAGGGAAGCAUCAAUCCGACUCCUCAGAAUGGUCAAUGGUCGAUAUGUUUGAGGAAUAAAAAUGAGUACAAAGCUUGGACUCUCCCUCCAGUCCGUCUCUCUCUGAAGCAUCGGCCUGAGAAGGUGGGGGUGUUUGUGGAUUAUGAGGAGGGUCUGGUCUCCUUUUAUGACGUUGAUGCUGCAGCUCUUAUCUACUCCUUUACUGGCUGCUGCUUCACUCAGAAACUCUACCCGUACUUCUGUCCCUGUAAUAAUGGUGGUGGUAAAAACUCUGCACCUCUGAUCAUCUCUCCUGUAAAUCAUACUGGGUAGAACAAACAUUUGAUUGUCUACAGAAAGAUUCACAACAUUUAAUAUAAUAAAUGUAUGUUUACUGAUUAUAUUUGGUUUUUAUGUUGUUGUUUUUUCAGAAUAUGGUGUAAUGUUCUUUAUUUUUCUUAAGAACUGUUAAAAAUCAAAGUUUUCUAUUCCUUAAAUAUGUGGGCGCCAAAUUCAAACCUUUUUAUGUUCUGAUCACUGUUUAUAUAAGAAGUGUUGCACACUGGCACAAAGUGCUGAAGAACAUUUCAUGGAUAAGACAAAUUUAAUUUAAUUUUCAUUCAUUUUGUUUUUAAAAUGAUGAAAAGUAAAAUAAAGAUUUUUUCUUCUUACCUUAA